CCGCGUUUUCCAAGCCCUUCGUCGUGCGCCACGCUCCCAAGUCUUGCCCGUAGACAAACAGAGGAAGUAGAGUCGUUGAGACGUUCAAAAGUAGCACAUAGACGUAGUCGAUCCUGUAGAGCAUACACGCCAUGUCAUCGGAUACUGCAGAGCUCAAAAAGCUCGUAAAACAGCUCCAAAAUGCCACUGCCAAUGAGGAAAAGAUUAACAUACUGCAAGUGCUUAAGAAGGACUUCCAAGUGAACGAAACAAUCCUUAGAGAAAGCAAGGCGGGUCUGGCUGUCGGAAAGUUGCGCUCUUCAUCCACGAAGGCUGUCUCGGAUUUGGCCAAGGAGCUUGUCAAGAAGUGGAAGGCUGAGGUCGAGAAGGCAAAGGGUUCAGGGAAUGCAUCACCAAAGCCCACGAACGGCAGUGCGCCAGCACGGAAGGCAUCUGUACCCGGCACCCCUACCACCCCCACCAUCGUCAAUGGCAAGGUCGAGCUGCGCACAGCUAAGAAAGACGGCGUCAAGAUAAAGUCCACAGGCGAUAACACCCGCGAUAAGUGCUCGGAGCUUAUGUAUGAUGGCCUAGCUAGCGAUUCGGGCGCUCCGAGCGAUCAGAUCGCAAGCAAGGCAGCUGCCGUCGAGACGGCCGUAUUCAAUCAGUUUGGGUCCACCAGCGCCGAAUAUAAGAGCAAAAUCCGAUCCCUGUUCGUCAACCUCAAAGACAAGAACAACCCUUCGCUCCGCGAGACUAUCGUCAGCGGUGACCUCUCCCCGUCCAAGUUCGCCACCAUGUCUAGCUCGGAAAUGGCCUCAGAGGAACGGCGGGCCGCAGACAAGAGGCUGCAGGAAGAGAACUUUUUCAAGUCGCUCGCCGCAGCCGAGCAGGAGGCGGAGACGGAUGGGUUCCAGUGCGGCAGGUGCAAGCAGAGGAAGUGCCGGUACCGCCAGGCGCAGACGAGAAGCGCAGACGAGCCGAUGACGACCUUCGUCACCUGCACCAACUGCGGCAAUCGGUGGAAGUUCUCUUGAUCUGGUCGCAGACGGCAUACCAGUAGGAAGCAAAGCUUACCGUACCUGUACACUAAUCAUUGUGAGUCUUUCUCCGACAUACAUACCCUUCUCUCAUCGCUGCAGAUUAAUAAUCGUGCUUGACGUCUUUUUUGACUUGGCCUUCUCGCUGGGUUCCGUUAGCCGGCCUAGGAUAUAGAUAGACCGUGUCUAUCAGCCAGGGAGGAGGUGGACUGUCGUGUAGGCCUUGUACUUAUUUCGUUUCGAGUGACCUGCUUUUUCGCCCAACCGUCUGUCGUGCUCAGGGACCCUAGACAAUUUUUUUUUUUGCUUUAUACACACAUUGUCGUUCUUGACUAUGCCUAGCGUGGACGCCCG